GGACGCUUUCCCUGAUCGGGCCCUUGUUCGAGGAUUUAGUCCUGGUCACUGACGUAGGCCCGCCCCCAAUAUUUUUUUCCCUUGCUGGCACGAUCUCGAGUGUUCCACUUCAUAUCUAUCUCCUGACUACCUAUGUCUGGCCUUUCACCUUUAAAUGCUUGAUUCUUCUUAAUAUUCGACACUUGGCCCGCUUUGACGGAGCCCGAAACGCCUAAAAAAAAAUGAUACCACUGCCUCUAGUCGCGGUUCUUUACGGCCUAGGACUUGUUGUCGGCGCGUCGGCCGUGCCGGUGUCAGAACAACAGGUUCUGGGGAAUCACGAUAGUCAGCCAUAUCAGUCUGAGACCUCGAGGCAACUUUCCGGACGAUUCCUUCAUGUGACAGAUUUCCAUCUAGAUACACACUACCGAAAAGGAACGUCAGAGGAGACUCUAUGUCACCGAGAUUCGGGCUCCGCUGGUCGUCUGGGGGCAGAGGGGUCUGAUUGCGACUCCCCGCAGGCUCUGAUUGACGAAACAUUCCGGUGGAUCGAGAAGAACCUGAAAGGCAAAAUAGAUUUUGUGCUCUGGACUGGCGACUCUGCUCGACAUGACAACGAUGAGAAAAUCCCUCGGACAGCCAGCGAGAUAAUCGAUUUGAAUAAGGCUUUGGCGGCCAAGUUUAUUGAAGUCUUUGAAGACUCGGGUGCUGCUCGCGGUCUUUCUAUCCCGGUCAUCCCUACGAUUGGCAACAACGAUAUCAUGCCACACAACAUCUUCAGAGAAGCCCCGAAUCGAUGGACAAGGAAGUUUACGGAAGUCUGGUCCGAGUUCAUUCCUGAGGCCCAGCGACACACUUUUGAGGAAGGCGGGUGGUUUUCGGCCGAGUUGAUCCCCAACAAGCUUGCCGCUCUCAGCCUCAACACCAUGUACUUCUAUGAGUCCAACUCUGCUGUCGACGGCUGUGCGAUGCCGUCGGAGCCGGGGUUUGAGCAUAUGGAGUGGCUUCGUGUGCAACUGGAGAUUCUACGACAGCGCGGUAUGAAGGCGAUACUCAUCGGGCAUGUGCCCCCGGCUAGAUCGGGUAGCAAGCGGAGUUGGGAUGAAAGCUGCUGGCAAAAGUACACCCUGUUCAUGAAUCGGUUCCGCGACGUCGUCGUGGGCAGUGUUUACGGCCAUAUGAACGUCGACCACUUCAUGUUGCAAGACAGCCAUGAUGUGGACAUCGUCGCGGCCAGCGAAGACUCGUCAAGUGACCCCGGCUUCAGCGUGCAGUCUCGCACAGACUACCUUGCGAGCUUGAGGGAGGAAUGGGAUUCUAUGCCGUCCCCGCCCGGUGGCGACUCUUCCGAUAUCCUCUUAUCUGACGACUGGAACCUGGAUGCCCUCGGCAAAAAGGAACGGCGGUUCCUGAAGAAGAUUGGUGGCCCAUACGCAGAGCGAUACAGCGUCUCGCUGGUUUCUCCCAGCGUUGUGCCCAACUACUUCCCGACUCUGAGAGUUGUCGAGUACAACACCACGGGCCUGGAGGGUGUCAAGUUAUGGGCCGACACUGCGUAUACUGACGACUCGUUUGAGUCGCUUGACUGGGCUGAAGUGAAGCGCAACUCUUUAGACCAUGUCGACAACGUCGACAAUGCUGACCAACAGGGGAAAAAGAAGAAGAAGAAACAUAAGAAAAAGAAGAAGCCGAACUUCAAGAUCCCUGAUCAGCCGUCUAGAACCGACCUCCCUGGUCCUGCGUAUUCAAACCAGCCACUUACAUGGCUUAGAUACGCCCAGUAUUAUGCCAACCUUACCGACAUCUACGAGACGGCAGCCGCUCCCGAAACCCAGGAAGAGGGCUCUCCUGCCGUCAAAGCCAAGAACAAACCAAUCAACAUCGACAUAUACCAAAUCGAAUAUGAUACUAGAGACGAUGGCAUAUACAGCAUGAAAGACCUAACCGUGCGCAGUUACUUCCAACUUGCCAAGCGGAUUGCGAGCAAGAAUCCACGCGCGGACAACUUCACCAGCGAUUCUGAUGCCGACGACGAUGACGAAAAUAAAUCACCAGAUACUACAAAUAUAAAUUAUACGAAACCGAAGAAUAAGACGAAGAAACCGCGCAUAAACCGCUUGUGGAGGACAUUCCUGGACAGAGCAUUUGUUAGCUUUUUGGGUGAUGACGAACUUGACGACAUUCAGAUCUAG